UUAGUGAUAUAUCUGUUUAGUUUCUCUCUAAAUGGCGCUUGAGGAUGAGCUGUCGUGUCCUGUGUGCACUGAUGUCUUCAGAGACCCGGUGUUACUGAGCUGUGGACACAGUUUCUGCAGACAGUGUAUUAAUGAUCACUGGACCUCCAGCAGCUCCAGAAACUGUCCCGUCUGUAGACAGGGGUCCCCGCAGGAACCAGUGUCCAACCUGUGCUUGAGGAACACCUGUGAGACUUACCUGAGAGAGCAAAGCACGAGGAAAGAGAGGGAUGAAGAACACGAGUGUCCGAUACAUGGAGAGAAAAUCGAGCUGUUCUGUCAAACAGAUGAAGAGGCUAUAUGUGCAGUGUGUAAGAAACAGGAGCACAGAUGGCACCAAACGCAAAAGCUACAGCAGACUGUGCAACAACGCAAGGCGAAGCUGAAAGCAGCUCUUCGUUCAGCUGAGAAGUCUUUGGUCUCAUUACAUAAAGGGACAGCACGAGACCCCAAAAUCUCCAGGUACAUUCAGUUUCAAGCUCAGCAUACAGAGAGAAAAAUCAGGAUGGAGUUUGAGACGCUGCAUCAGUUCCUCAGAAAGGAGGAGGAGAGCAGGAUAACGGCUCUAAAUGAAGAAGAGAACGAAAAGAGAGCGAAGAUGGAAAGAAGAAUACAAGGAGGAGUACUGUCUCUCUCUGACAGAGUGAAAGAACUGAAAGAGGGAAUCGGGGAUGAUGACAUCACCUUCCUGCAGAAUUAUCACAGAAUUAUGGACAGGUCUGACCACACACUCCCAGAUCAGGAGCUGAGUUCAGAAGCUCUUAUCGAUGUUUCCACACAUCUGGGGAACUUGAAGUAUCAAGUGUGGGAGAAGAUGAAGGACAUCUGCUCUUACUACCCUGUGAUCCUGAACCCAAGCGCUGCUCCACCAGACAUCUCUGUGUCCGAUGACCUGACCUCUGUGACCUCAUGUUUUCAUCAGCAGGACGAGGGGAACCCUCUUCCUCUGCACAGUAACCGUAUGGUGCUGGCCAGUGUGGGGUACGCUGAUGGAGCUCACGCGUGGGACGUUGAGGUGGGAGACAGUCACCGCUGGAGUCUUGGAGUGUGUUUUGGAUUGGAGGGUAAACCUGCUACACAACCUUUGACCCCUGAAAAUGGCUUCUGGGGUCUCAGACGCAAUGGAGACGCGUACGAAUUGAUGACCGCUGGGAUGUCGAGAUUAAACAUGGAGGUAAAUGCAAAGGUAGUGAGAGUGAAGAUAGUGUACUGUCAUGAGUUUCUUCAAGACAUGAUGCAGCUGAAACGCUGGAGGAAGGUGAGCUUCUCUGAUGCUAGCAGCGAUUCAUUAAUUGCAGAAUUUGCUAGAGUGCCACUGAAGAAGAAGCUCUUUCCCUUCGUGAUCCCAGAAGAUCAGGCCGUCCCGCUGCGUGUCGUCCCAGCUAACGUUACUCUAACUGUUGAACAGAAAAUAUCAUUACUGGAGAUACAUCGAUUCUCUUUUCUCCUUUUCUGUUUUUGUAUUGUUGUGUUUGUAUUUAUGAGUCUGUUAGGAAAGAGUGACCAUCAAGGCAGAUGAGAAGUAAAUGGCUGUUUAAUCACCAUAAUGGUCUGUUAUAAUGGUUCAGUCAGCUAA